UGUGCUGUGGCCCGUAGAGAUGUGUACAAGAGGAGAAGGGAAAGCAGUGCUAACCGAGCUAGCUGGAUCCUCCCGAUUAUAGAAACACGGCUGAACGUGGUCAUGUUGCACGCGGUGGGCUUUAUUUCGUGAAAAAAAAAUAAAAAGCAAAGCUCACGCUGGAGUACCUGCCUCGCCGCUGAGAGGGCAAAAGGGACUAUUUUCUUCAGACGGAACAGCAAAGCCGGUUUGUGAGUGCUGCAAAUCUGAGCCGUGUGUGUGUGUUUGUGAGUCAGUUAGCUGGCCUAGCCGGACUCAGGAGCUCGUCUCCCAAAACAAGAAUGGGGUCUAGGUCCGCUCGGAUUAGCUUGCUAGUAAAGUGACCUUUGAUUGUGUUCUCUGAUGGCAAAUUUCACGAACUAUCAGGAAGGCAAGGCAGCGAUGUUGAUGGUGGAGACACAGCAGAGGGACGUGGGGACGAAACCUGCGGCCGCCACCGCUGCAGCCGCAAACGGAGACGGCUCGGUCGGGGAACCCCCUUCCCCGUUAAUUAAUGUCGGCGGAGGAGCCGGAGGUGGUGGUGGUGGUGGUGGAGGAGGAGGCUCUCGUUUCCACCAUUUACCUCCGUCAAACCACUUCAACCUUAGCCACCACCAGCCGCCAAAGGAUCAACAGCAGCACCAUCACUGUCAGCAGCAGCAGCAGCAGCAGCAUCUUUCUGGGGAAAACAUCGCAGAGUCUCCGGGCAGGAAAGCCACCGCCGCCUCCUCCUCCUCGCCUUUCAGCCAGGUACACACCGCCGAGGACCCCGCCGCUGGCAACAGCCAUGUAUACGCAGCUGUGAACGUCGUAAACACCUCAGACGUGGUGGAUGAUAUACGAAAAUGUGGCUAUUUAAGAAAGCAAAAGCAUGGACACAAGAGGUUUUUCGUGCUGAGGGCUGCCAGCCACCUCGGCCCCAGCCGCCUGGAGUACUACGACAGCGAGAAGAAAUUCAGGAACAGCCUGCGCUCUGCUGCUGCCGCCGCGGCAGCCUCCUCCGCCUCCGCCUCCAGCAGUGGUGGAGCCGUCCUCCCUUCUCCUCCCAAAAGAGUGAUUUACCUCUACCAGUGCUUCACCGUGAACAAAAGGGCGGAUUCCAAAAACAAACACCUCAUUGCCCUUUACACCAAGGAUGAGUACUUUGCCAUUGUGGCUGAGAAUGAGCAGGAGCAGGAGGACUGGUAUGUGGCUAUCAGUGAGCUGAUGAGCGAGGGCAAAAAAGGACACUUAGACUCUGAUGAUUUAGAUGAUGGAUAUGGUACGGUCACCCCUGGUACUGUGUUUAAAGAGGUGUGGCAGGUGAAUGUAAAACCCAAAGGACUGGGUCAAACCAAAAACCUCACAGGUGUUUACCGGCUAUGCCUCUCUACCAAAACCAUUCACCUCGUUAAGUUGAACUCUGAGACGCCCUGUGUCAACUUGCAGCUGAUGAACAUCAGGCGCUGCGGACAUUCAGAAAGCUUCUUUUUCAUCGAGGUGGGCCGCUCCUCCUCCAUCGGGCCUGGGGAGAUAUGGAUGCAGGUGGACGACUCUGUUGUGGCCCAGAACAUGCAUGAGACCAUCCUGGAAACGAUGAAAGCGCUGAAAGCGUUUGCGGAGUUUCGGCCGAGGAGUAAGAGUCAGUCGUCGGGCUCCAAUCACAUGCCUUUUAUCACGACGCGGCGCCACCUGGGCAACCUUCCGCCGAGUCAGACUGGGCUGCAGCGACGGUCGAGGACAGAGUCCGUGGUUGGCACGCCGCCGUCGACUAAAAGCAACAUGGCUAGUGGCUAUCGCUUUCGGACAUCCAGUGAGGGCGAGGGCACAAUGAACCGGCCGUUCCGCUCUGCCACUGGAAGUUUGGUUCACCUAAACACUGCGAGGCCCCAUCACGGUCGUCAGGAUAUGGGCAGUGGUGGUGGCGGCAGCAGUGGGAGCGGCGUCGCCACAGGAAACGCUGGUACAAGCACCGGCAGCGGACGCUAUGUCAGAGCUAUCCCAGGGGCAACAUCCACCUAUCAUGCCCGCUCUGCCUCGUUGCCAGUCUCCCAUUUUCCCUCCACCACUAGCCCAGUGAGCGUCUCCUCCAGCAGCGGCCACGGCUCCGUCUCCGACACGCUCACCCGCCCAUCGAGCGCCUCAAUAUGCGGCUCCCCGUCAGACGGUGGCUUCAACUCGUCAGAUGAGUACGGCUCCAGCCCAGGUGACUUCCGUUACUUCCGGGUGCGGAGCAACACACCAGACUCUCUUGGCAACACCCCACCAAUCAGAGAAGAGAACUGUUUAAAUGAUUACAUGGCCAUGGGCUGGAACCGGGAGGUCUUUGGCACCAAUGCGGGCUCCGGAAACAACAGUGGAGCUGACACGCCGCGGGAUGAGAGCACGUCAACAACAGAGGAUGAGCGCUUUUCUUCAUCAUCACUGAGGAGGAGGACGCACUCUUUUACCAGACCGACUGGUGGCGCGACCGGAGUGGCAGUCUAUCAGAAAAUGACACAGACUAACUUCUCACUGGAUGAGGGAUCGGAUGUGGUGUUGCCAUUUGGCAGCGGCCUGCUCCGUGGGGGGCCGUCGUCCUCCUCUUCCUCACUGCGCUCUGACUACAGCUCCUGCUCCGAACACAGCCAGCAGAGCCGUCCCUCCACACUCUCCCGAACGGAGGCCGGUUCCGAGCGCCCUCCCCUCUCCUCCUCCGCCAAGGAAGACAGCGGCUAUAUGCCUAUGAUGUGUGGCGUGGCGGUGUCGCCGAGGGACACUCCCCCUGACUACAUGCCUAUGCAACCCAGCUCUUACUCCCACCACAUCUCCCAUUCUCCUCAGUUUCACAGUCCAGCUUUAGCUACACGCUCAGCCCACCAUCAUCACCCCCAGCUCCAAUCCCAAUCCUCCACCAAUUCCCACGGCUACAUGAUGAUGCUCCCGGGGGGCAGUUGCAGCUCCCCUUCCCCAGUGCAGGCCUCUCCCAGCCCUCACAGCAGCUCCAGCCUCAUUGGGGCGUGUGCAAGCGACAGCAUUGCAGAAAGACCCGAGAAUGGGGAAUAUAUGGACAUGUCGUACAGUAGUGGUGGGGGGCGCAAGGUCACAAAUGAAGGGAGCAGCAGAUAUUAUACAACUGGCACACCUGAGAACACCCCAAAGCCUUACAGCCCUUAUUUCUCUCUCCCUCGCUCCUAUAAGGCCCCCAGCAGAGAAAGGGAAGAGAAACAUAAAGAGUAUGGGGAGUACGUUCCUAUGAGCUCUCCUGCUAAACCAGUCUACUCAUCAGUCGCCACAUCUUCAGUGUCAACACCAGAAAAGAGGGGUGGGGGAGGUAGUAGCACCUCCACUCCCUCUCACCCACCUCCGCCUUAUGGCGCUCACCAUACGACUGCAGCAAUGGCUGACAGGCGUAUUGUGAGGCCCAACCGCCUCCCUUUAGGCCGAAGAAGUUUCCACGGACCGCUGCGAAUUAGUGAGCCUUCAACAGCAUCUGCAGGCACCUUGACUUCAGUCCCUGCCACUGGCAGCUCCUCUGAAGGGCCUUCCAGUCCUGGAGAGUAUAUUAAUAUAGAGUUCGGUGAUCACUACCCUCUCCAGCAAGAGCCACCCGCCUACCCUCACUCUGCCCAAGACGAAGCGCCUUCCCUGGGAUCCGGUGACCACUGUCGCUCCCCUCCUCAGGAUUACAUGAGUGUGGAGGUAGGGGCGGACCAGCAGGAUAGUUCUGGUUGCCUGGGCAAAAACCAGUCACCCAGACCGAGCCUAGUUGCCCCAUGGAACCCACCCAGCUAUAUCCGACCACUGGCUAGCAAUCCCGGGGCGGUGGCCUCCCCUGGAGUGCAGGUCGGAGGUCACUGGAGGCCAGUUGGGGACGACUACACAGACAUGACGUUUAACCUCAGCAGAGGUGACGGGACACAAACGAGCCCUACAGCCAUGCUGCAGCAUCUCUGUGUGAUAGAGGGGCGUUACGGCCACCCUCCCCACACCACCUCCUCAUCCAUUUCUCCCCCCCUGCCCCCGACGAGCCCAGAUAGGGCGCCAAUGCAGCCGAUGGAGCCCAAAGUGGUUCGAGCUGAUCCCCAGGGCAGAAGAAGACACAGCUCAGAGACAUUCUCCUCCACCUCUUCCUCUAAUUCAACGCCUCCUAGUGGAGGUCUUGGCUCCUCGGCCACACACCCCACCCUUUCUAACCCCUUGGCCCCCAACGGAUCUUAUGUAACGGAGGGACAGGCGUCUAGAUGGGCCAGCUCGGCGUCUUUUGACAGUGUGUGGAUGUCUGUGGAGGGUCUGGGUGACUCUCCAGCUCACCACGCCCCGGCAAGAACCACAGAAACAGGUACGGCCUCCAGGACUUCAGCAGCAUCCUCCUCCUCUUCCACGGGGCCCGGAGCCGGCAGAAUGUGCAGGAACAUGUCAGUUGGCUAUCAAAACGGCCUCAACUACAUCGCCUUGGAGCUGAGGGAGGAUGGGAGUAAUACGGGAGCUGUGACGUCGGGAGCAGGUAGCAGCAGUGGGAGCACGGCAUCGGUGGUGGCGGCUGCAGGGGGGACGGUGCCUCUGCCAGAGAACAGAGCCUACGCCAGUAUAGACUUCACCAAAUCAGACGGCGUCACUGCAACAACCAAGGACUGAGCGACGGAGGUUCAUCGCACGCCGCAGCCCCCCCUCCUCUUCAUCCUCAUCUCUCUGCUCGCGGCACUUGACUCAGCCUGUGACCUUUGGCCUCCAACGCCGGUGCCCUCUGACCUUCACUGAGACUGAGAAGCUGCUCCCUUCUGAUCGCAGACAAAAUGUCAAAAACAAACACAAAAAACCGCUUGCAG